AGAGCGGCCACUCUCUCCCUCUGUGUUUUAUGUCAUGCGAAGCCUCUUUUUUGUGUUGAAGUUACUCCUCCUGUAAGUGGCAAUAUCAACAACAUGUGUGGUGGCGCUAUCAUUUCCGACUUCAUCUCCGUUAAGCGCGGCCGGACGCUGACGGCGGAGGACCUCUGGUCCGAGUUCGACACCAUCUCUGACUUCCUUGGCUUAGACCACUCCUCCUCCUCCAACAACAACAACAACAACAACAAGAAGGAACAGUUUGAGCAUCAGCAGAACAACACGAGGGUGGCUCAGAAGCCAAAACCACCUCUCUCUAAAGGAGCAGGGACAAGCGAGAAGCCCAAGAAGACGUGCCCAGGUGCAGGCGCACAGAAGGAGGAGGUGGGCAAGGCCAGUGAUAAGAAUAAGAGAGUGAGGAAAAACGUGUACAGAGGAAUAAGACAGAGGCCGUGGGGCAAAUGGGCAGCUGAGAUUCGUGAUCCGCACAAAGGCGUCCGUGUCUGGCUCGGCACUUACAACACAGCAGAGGAAGCCGCCAGAGCCUACGAUGACGCCGCCAGGCGCAUCCGCGGCGGCAAAGCCAAGCUCAACUUUCCGGAAUUACCGUCUUCUUCAGUUCCAGCUCCUGCUCCUGCAACUGCAACACGGCCUUUGAAGAAGCGGUGCGUUGUUGGUCCAGCCGAGUCGACUCAGUCGAGUUUGGGGAGCAAUGGAAAUUGUUGUAACUAUGAUCCGUUUGAGGGUGGCGAUAUUUAUGGAAAGAAGGAGGUGGGUGGUGAGUAUGAGCUGAAGGAGCAGAUAUUAAGCUUGGAAUCGUUCCUGGGUCUGGAUGAGGAGGAGGCGAGUGAGGUGAAUGGAAGCGGUGGUGGUAAGCCGAACAAAUCGUUGGACCUGUGGAUGCUAGGUGACCUGGUUACACAUCAUCAACAGCAGCAGGGUGGUCAGCUUCUGUAGUAAGGAACAAAGUUGUAGUGGCUAAGCUCUCUCUCCAUAUAAUUAUAAUAUUAUAUAUGUAGCCUGUAGGGGUUUAAAUUGCGUGUGGAACUGGAAGGGACUCUGUGUGUCUGAGUCUUUGACUGUGACUGUGACUGCGACUGCGUGUGUUUUGUUUGUUUGAGAGCGAGAGAGAGAGCGAGCGUAUGUAAUGUAUUAUGUAAUGUGAGCUGCUUUGGUAUUUACGUAUUUUAAUAUAUAUUUAUAUAUAUAUAUAUAUAUAGCAAGUAACUACUUUGGUGAAUUAUUUACGAGAGUUGAGUUUAUAUUAUGAAUAAGAAUAAAGAAGCGGGUGUGCGUUCGCAUCAUCA